AUGGGUAACAAUCCCUCUAAGGGCCCAGCCGGAGACGCCCAAUCUCCCUCCGGUCACUCGGGCCCAACGGCACCUACGAGUGACAAGAGGGUACAUCGUCGACCCUCGGUCAACACCUCGUCGGGUACCCCUAAGGCUUCCGCAGCCGACCCUUACGCCACCAGAGAGACCGCAAAGGGUUUUCCAACAUCUCAAAGCCAAAACAUCGUUCAACAGCGCCUACAGUCUCGCAAUGUUGCCGACUCCGCACCACGAAACGCAGAUCGCCCAUCUCCCAGAAAGGCAGACUUUCGCGAUGGAGACAUCCCCUCGCCAGAUCCUACUAAUCCCGUACAAGUUCCUGGACCUCGAGCUGCUGCUGGGAAUGACCCCAUGGCGCCCUCUGGGGCGCCCCCCAACGUCUACUACAGCGCGUCGGUUCAUCUUCAGCGCCCACCGCGGAUGCCGUUACCGAUUGGUGAUGCUACAGCUGUUGGCCCAGAAGACGGUUAUCUGGAGUCAUUGUCCGUCGACCAGUUGUUAGACGAACAUAUUGAACAGAGACACCCUAGUCACGGUAGCACCACAGUUGAAGAUGACGAGAUACUGGACGAGCUGCAACCUUUUACGCCUAGCGGGAUAGGAAGGGCAGUACCAACAACCAUUGAGUGGACUGGCCCCGGAGACAAGGUCUACGUAACUGGAACAUUUGUCAAUUGGGAAAAGAAAUUUCGUCUACACCGAAGUGAGAACAACCCCGGUGUCAUGUCUGCUAGGUUGAAUCUUCGGCCGGGUACCCACCAUCUCAAAUUCAUCGUUGACAACGAGAUGCGUGCUUCGGAUACUCUUCCGACUGCGGUGGACUUCACCAACCACUUAGUCAACUAUAUCGAAAUCAGUACAGACGACAUUGGUCGGGGGCGGAGAGAGAGCGAUAAGGGUUCUGUUCCCCCGGGUGUUCGUCCGCCUCAGGUCCUGCCCGACCCUGCCACUCCCGAUCAGGAAGGCGGUUCUACUGUGGACGAUCAAUCCGACAAAGAAGAGCCAGAGGAGGAGAUUCCCCUUGGUGAUUUCCGCGGUAUCAUCCCACAAUUUCUUCUCGAUCUGGACAAGGAGGAAGAAGCCCCGGAGUAUCAGCAAGCUGUUAAUAUCGUCGGGGAUGCUCCAACGCCGCCAAGUCUACCGCUUUUCCUUGGUAAAUCCAUUCUAAACGGCACCACACCGAUGAAGGACGAUAGUAGUGUAUUGAACUAUCCCAACCACACCGUGCUGAAUCAUCUCGCUACAAGCAGCAUCAAGAAUGGUGUUCUGGCUACCAGUGUAACAACCAGAUACAAGCGGAAAUAUGUUACGACGAUCUUGUACAAGCCAACCGGAGAUAUCUUGGAGUAA